AUGACGACGAGGAAUAGGACCUUGUUGUAUAGAAAGUAUAGAGAUGCAUUGAAGAGCGUUCGAGUUCCAGCGGGUUCUUCGCCGUCUUCGUCGAGCUCCGGUGGGCCCGUGAUCGAGUUGGCAACAACGUUGUUGCUUCAUCAGAAUCGGUCUUAUGUUCCAGUCAGUACCGAGGAUCCCGGAACUUCCAGGUACAUCUCUCUCAGUUCUGGGGCUUGGUUGGAUUCGAAUUACAAAGUUAAAAAAGUUUUGUUCUAUGGAGAUAGCGAAAAUGGAAGGGAUGACUUUGUUAUUGUGUAUACAUUAUUGAUCUACUUCUUCAACUUUCAGGAAUUGGAUUUUUUGAUACGGGGUUCGGGUGGUCGAAUGGAGUUGUGUUGGCAUUCUUGGAGGAGUUUGGAUUGCCUGAAGACCUGA